AGGCGGCCCCGCCCCUCUAGGGGCUUCCCGAACCGUGCCCUGAGUUCAUUUCCUGCUCUACCUCCACCAGUUGACCUUGACCACUGCCCACCCCCAAACUCCAGAUUCCUGGAUCCGUACCUCGGCCUCCAGGGGCCUAUCCUACCCCACCAGUCUCACCCGGGGCGUCGGAGGGCGAAGGAGAGAUGUGGCAUCUGCUGGCUGAGGAGGGGAGCAGGGCUGGGCCCCGCGGGCGGCAGUUUGGUGGGGGUGAGGGUCACUCGCGUCUUCAUCCAGGGCAGGUGCUGGCUCUGGUGCUGGUGGCCGCCCUGUGGGGUGGCACACAGCCGCUGCUGAAGCGGGCCUCCUCCCGCCUGCAGCAAGUUCAUGAGCGGACCUGGGCCCGGCAGUUGCUGCAGGAGAUGAAGACCCUCUUCUUGAACACUGAGUACUUGAUGCCCUUUUUCCUCAACCAGUGUGGCUCCCUUCUCUACUACCUCACCUUGGCCUCAACAGAUCUGACCCUGGCUGUACCCGUCAGUAACUCCCUGGCCAUCAUCUUCACACUGAUUGUUGGGAAGAUCCUUGGAGAAGAUAUUGGUGGAAAAGGUCCGCCAGGUCCGUGACGGGGUGUCCGUGACAAGGCGUAUAGAGGGCCCGCACAGCCACUGGGGCCUGCACAGCUGAUGUCACCUCGCAGAGGAAGGCCUCCAGGGUGGGAAAGCGGCGUUGACUCACCACCAGCUGGUGGCCUGGGGAGAAGGGGUCUCCAUUCCGGUACACCACUAUCCUCUUGGCUGCUGGAUUGCCACCACCGGCCAUAGUGUGUCCUCGGCAAGAGACGCAGGGCUGUUGCCAGGCAACUAAGGCAGGCUGGGAGCAGUGCCAAUCAGAGGUGGAGCCCUGCACCCUCACCCAGGAAGGUGGAGAGAGACUGUGCAGGAGCAUCUGUCUGUGCCCAGGGCCUCACCCAGCCUGCCCUCGGUGGGGCCUCACGAGAGUAGGGUGGAUCUGAUCGCUAUACGGAAAGGGGAGACCAGGGGGCUCAGUGAGAGAGGCAGUGGCAGAGACUGCACUGAAACCCAGAUGUCCCCAUACUGGAUAGGGGGACACGCUCUCAGAGGCUCUCUGCCACUCUGUAGCCCAAGGGCUGAGCUCAAAGGUGGAUCAGCUUUGGGGACUGUUCGUAAGGAUGGCCUGUCUGGCCCUGGACUGUGGUUCCUGGCCAGCCCUGGGGAAGAUGCCCCAUGCCAGCAAGAAAGGAACAGGUGGGCCCAGUGACUGUCCUACACAGAGGCAGAAGAUGAAUACCGACAGGUGCAGAAUCCAAGAAAAUCCUUUAUUCGUCACCAGGCUCCCCGCUUACCCCAGGUAACUCCCUGCCCCUAAAUUUGGAGUAAGCCACAGGCAGAGGAUGAAAGAGUGUCCUUCGUCCUCCCCUCCCUCUACGGGCACCCAGCUCUUUGCUCCAGCUUCUCUUGGUCCCAUAGCCACCAAUGGCCAAGGGCAGGAGGUACAGCUAGUACCAGGGAGCAAGGGUAAGGCCCUGGCUCCCCAGGGUCUAGCCUGAUGGUCCUGUUUUCCAUGGCUUGUCCAUCCAGUGGUCCUCUCCUGUGUGGGCAGACUCUGCCAAAGACAGUUUCUUAGGUGGUCUCAGUCACCAUGGUACAGGCCUCUGGUUUUUCCACUGUUCAUGGUUAGGUUCACUGGAGAUUCUCUCCCAGGAGCUUUUCUCACUAGGGAUCUGGCCCUUGGGUGGUUUAGUCUUCCAGAGGUCCUGGCCACCAGGCUCUGCCCAGGUCUCAUCCCAGAUGCCACUACGGUCCUCUGAGAGGUCCAACUCUCGGGGCCUGGCUCUUUGGCAUUUAGGUUCUUUGCGUUCUGGCUUUCUGGGAGACUUAUCCUCAACAUCUUGGUCAUCACAGUGUGUGGCGACCUGCAUCCUAGCUUUUGCAGAACAGCAGCCCCUAGGUUUAAGGCCUUGGGGGAUCUGGUCCUCCAGGACUCUCGUCAGCCGCAGGCUGGGCCCUCCGAAGGGUGGUCCUCCACGGCGUGGCUCUCCAGUGAGCCUGGCCUCUGAGGCCUGGUUAUCGGAUGGCGUGGAGAGCUGUGAUCCAGCCCUCCUACUCCACAGAUCCCUGCACUUGACCCCAGCCGUGGUUUUGGCUGUAGUGGCCAGGCUUUCCAGGCACUUGUGGGGCUGUGACUUCAGCCUCCAGCAGGCGUUAUCCACAUGGUCUGGCCCUUCAGUGGUCCUGUCUCUGUAGGACUUGUCUUUUGGUGGCAGGCUUGUCUGGGACCCAGCCCUGUCACAGGUCUGGGCCCUGUGGUCUGGGCACAGGCUGGGCUCGUCUCUCAUCUGGCUCGCCUCUGGGGAUGUCAGUGUCUGUUUGAGAAUUAGGUACUGUUGGGGAAGAGAAAAGACACUGUACACACAGGACUGCCUGAGCAGAGCAGGAGGCUUUUCCCUAAGCCCUUCCCUUGGCCCUAAAUGUGCAGAAAAGGCUCCAGGCUAGUGGCUACCUCCUUACGGCUAUUGAUGGCCUGUUGUAUCCACAGCAGUUCCAUGGCCAAGUGGCUGUGGUGGUGCUGGAGCUCCUGGAGCGUCUGGCCGUGGGGCAGUCCUGGACCUACACCUUCUGUGAAGGAGGGAGAGAAAAGGGAGAAGGCUUUUAGGGGUAUAUACACUGGGCACUGGCCUACCGUUUGGCUCUGACCCUCCCCCCGCCUCCCGCCCCUACGUUGCCCUUAACCAGGCAUCAGGAAGGAGAGAGAUGCAGCUUAUCUAGCUCAAGCCUCUGACGUUUCAGAUGGGAAAGCGAAGGCCCAGAGAGCAUCGGGGGUUUGCCCUCAGUCUGGGCAGAGAGGUACCUGGGUUCUCCAUCCCUGACAUGUCUCUGGUCUCCUCUUGGCUGGGAUUCCUGGCUUGCCUGCUGUGCUCGUCCUCAGGCCGGGGACUGUUGUCACCUCUGAAGGGAAGACUUCCUGAGUCUGCUGAGCUCUCUCCUGAUUGCUUCAGCAUCAUCUCCCCCAAGACAGCUUCUCUCUCAAGUUCUUUACGUGAAAAGCAGUCCCGCUGUUGCUGUUCUGGAUUUGGUGCCCUCUCUUGGGGUUUACAGGUCCGAUGGGAUUUUGCUUUCUGAGGAAUCAGAAGUAAGAGAGAAUGCCCCCAGCUAACCCUUCCAAAUAUCUGGGUGCCACGAUUUGGCAAGUAAGGCAGUACAGACUAAGGAUUGGGAUGCGAGGAAUGGAGUCUACUAGUUCUUCCGUUGAGAAAAACUUGUCAGUAGGAAGGGUGGAUUGUACCGUUUCCUUGAAUCCCCUGCCCCGGUCCCUUCUCCACCCCCGACACCCCUCCCAACUUCUUCCACUGGCAUGUGUACUACCUUUGGGAGAAACUGGGGCCUGGGAAUCCAGCCCUUGGUCCACUGAAGCGUGCCCAGAUCACCCUCGAUUUCUCCUACAACCGCCUCAUACUCCUCUCGCAGUCUCUGGAUGUGGCGUCGGACCAAAAAGCCCCGGACGCAGGCCUGGUGUGGAGAAUAAGGGGAAAGAAAGCGCUUAUCACUUUCAGAGUGGGGGUAUCCUGGGGGAUUCUCUUGAGAGCUCAUCCCAGGGACUCUAAGAGGAGACCUGGCCGUGGGAAAAGGAUAGGUGACGCUGUGCGUCAGGACAGUCUCCAGAGGUUCAAGGGAGGAUGCUAGACUGGAUCCCCCUCUUCGAUUUGAGACCCUUCCCGCCACUUCCUGGAUCCCGCAGGAACGUGUGGUGGGAGUGGAAGGCCGGUGGGGGUCUGUGGGUCCCAGCAUUCGUCAGGGCGGUGGGGGUGGGUCGGUAGCUCCGGACUCGGGCACGAGGGUAGGUGACAGAACGUCGAAGCCUCAUCGCGUUCCAAGACCCCAGUCCGCGACCCCGCGGUGGGAAUCAUGCACUCCCAGCCCGCUCCGCACCUGCAGCACCGACACCGCCCGAACCAACCGCUCCCGCUCCAUCCUGGCGCCCACUGAGCGACCGCCUAACGGGCGCCUGCGCCGUGCGUCACUAGUCCGCGCCGCGCGCAGGCCCCGCCCCCGUCGUCUCCACGGCAACCGUGCUCCUCCGGCCGCGGCGGCGGCUGGCUUCCGGGCGACAGCCUCCAACUCCAACUCCAAUUCCCAGAACUUCGCUGGGAAUUCCAGCCCCCGAGCGGCUCCGCCCAAACCAGUGUAUCGCGCAAUGGUGUCUCUGCGGAGGCCGGGUACCCCAGUAGAGGCGCAAGGAGGAGAGGAAACACACGGAACCGGUGUCUUUCUUUCUGGUUUAAUUUCAUCCAGCGCCCCCCUCCCCCAUAGCACCUGGGGGGCCGCGGAAUACCCGAACGAGUUCGAAAAAGUCACAGUUUGAAGGGAUGAGAGAGGCAGGCUGGACCCGGGCCGCCACCUACACAGCUGACUGCUCCUCAGGCUCGGCAUUCUCGGCCAGGUGCAACUUCUGUCUGUGCCAGUCAAGGAUUGCGAUGCUUGGAGCCCAGUCUUUCCAGUCCUGUCUCCCCAUCCCGAACAGGCUUAGUUUCCUCAACUGCACAAAGGGUCAGGGACGAGGGACCUCAGGUUGCAGUCCACACCUGCCCUUCUUGGUAGGUGGCUUCCCCCCUUCUCUUUUGAUCUAGAUCGUGCACCUGCACUAUUUCUAGCUGAGACUAGACGCGAUGAUCGUCUAAAUCCGUAAAAAUAAUUGUUAAAUGUUGAAAAAGUAGAAAGACAUCAGACAAGUUUUGCCAUGGAUUGGUGUCAGUAAAGUCCUUGCAAAGAUA